AUCCACACAUUUUAGCUCUUCAAAAGUCUCACAGUGGAUGGUAAAGUCUUCGAAGGGAAUAGGGCAUAGGGAUGAUCACAUCUGAAUGGAACGCACCCCUAGUCUCGGCUGUCUAGUUAAAAUGGCGUCUACAAGGAAAAUAUAUUUAACUGUUGCGCAUUUUAUCGCCUUGUGUGUCCUCACUAAAACGCAAUCAAGACAAAUAUCCACGGAGACUGUCGUGUUGAAUGUGACAGCGGUUAGUGAAAUUCACCAGAAUAAGUACAAUGUACAGAUUAAUUUGAAUGUAGGUCUCUGGGAUAAUGAAACAUUUAUUAAUGGAGCUCCUCUCAAAUCUCCAGGAGUCACAAGGCUGACAUGUCCUGCUCUGCUCUUGGGUGGCUAUAAUGUGAGCUCAGGUAGGACAGCUGGUGUGUUGGUCAGCAGUGAACUGAGACUGAUGUUGAAUCAGUCGUUUAUUCAGAGUGAUGAAGGAGAGCAGGUUGUGUUACUCUUCCUGAGUCAGGAGAUAAUCCAGCUGGCGGAUGAAAAGGUCCAGCAGCCUGACAUCUGUGAGGUGGAAAUCCUUUGGAACUUGAACUCUGAAGAGGUCAAACAGGUUACCAACGUUUACCCUUCAUCAAGAAGCAAGCUCUCCACCAUCCCACCAGAGAAUGAUGUCUUAGUGACUGAUGCAUCAGUAGACAAUAAAGGUGGAGACCAAGUGCUCAACACCACCAGCCACUAUCUACUAAAACAUGCAGAGACCACUAGGGAGGAGAUCGCAGCUCCAGGGAAGCUUCCUGAAACACCCUUGCGCAUGGACCCUGAUAUCCUGUAUGAGUCCAGAGAGGAAGAGGAAAAGAGUUCAGAAUACUUACUUCCUGAGGUUCCUCUCAGAGAGUCAAUGUCCUCUUACAGUGUGGUGUGCCAGUGGGUUGAAGAGCUGAGGGACAAACUGAGGAGGUUCUGGUCUGAUUCAGUCCCACUCUUCUUCUUAGUCAUGUGGGUGGUGGUGGUUGGUGUUGCAGGCUCAGCUGUCAUUAUUAAGAUUCUGGAUAUUCUGUUCCCAACCUGUGAAUACAGGGGAUUCAUUCAUCUGAACCCUGAGACACUAAUGCCAGAUGACGAGAAACAGAGUCUAAUAGAUAACGCAGAGAAUGAGGGGGAGAUAACAGAAAAAUGCAUUUUGAUAGAAAAGUGAUGUUCAUGGAUGUGUUCUCAUCAGUUUUGUCACGUGGCUUUAUUGGGUAAAGGAUACCAAUGACUUCAGUUUAGCACUUUAAAAAACAAAAUCGAAACAUUUCCCAAUGAAACAGAAUUCUAUUUUCACAUGCUCUGUAUAAAAGCAGUCUCAGCUGAUUAUUUUGUUUAUUUUGUUUUGUAUUUACAAUCCUUUGAGACAAAUGCACACAUACGUGGUGGAAUUUAAGACUUAUAAAGUUGAAAUAAGCAGAGUAACGUGACAAAAUGCCCCUACUUGAAUUCUUACAGUAAAAAUGGGCACGAAAUUGUUUUUAUUGAAUUAGGUUAGUUAAUAGUUGUGGAAAAAUUAAUCAAAAAGAUAAGUCCUGUUUUGACUAUUUAAAAGGAUGUUUUUUUUAUUUCUCAACUGUGGAUUUGUUUUUUAAAAAAAAAAGUGGCAUGUAUGAAAUGUCCUAUAUUGUUUGCAAGAUAAAUAACGCAUCAUGUAAUAUGCAUUUUGCUUCAGAUUCAGCUAAUGAUGUAACAUUAAGCAUGCAUACUAGCAAUGAUUCAGGUUUGAACUGCAUUGGAUGAAUGACAUUGACAUUUCGGGUUGCACUAUCUGUAUUAUGUUUCAUAUAAGACUGAUAAUUCAAGAGACAUUUCAAAAAUGCACUGUAGCGCAAUUUUAGUCCCACUAAGAGCUGAUUUAAAAUGUCCAAUUUAACUGGACUCCUAAAUGUCAUUUUAGCCCUGAAUGGCAGACCUGCUGUCAUUGGAUUUGAAUGAAAUCAGUUGUGCAUGUCACUUGUAAACAUUACUUUUUUCAGUUUGUUACAUCAGUAAAUUCAUCACAAUAAAGGAGUUUCCUUAAAUGAAAUAA